CAGGCACCAUGACAGUGGGGUCCGGGGGUCUACGACCACUCAUCCUGGGCCUGCUACUGUGUGCGCUUGGCCCCACUGUGUCCUGGGGCGGGAAGCUCUUGGUGAUCCCGGUUGAUGGCAGCCACUGGCUGAGCAUGGUGGGCGUCAUCCAGCAGCUGCAACAGAAGGGACACGACACAGUGGUCGUAGCGCCUGACGCCUCCAUGUACAUUAAAGAAGGAGCAUUUUACACCUUGAAGACGUACCCCGUGCCGUUCCAAAAGGAGGACCUGCGAGAGGCUUUUAUCAGCCUGGGGCAUACCAUUUUUGAGAAUGAUCCUUUCCUGCAACGCAUGCUCAAAAUAUAUAAGAAAGUCAAAAAGGACUCGGCUCUGCUUUUGUCCGCCUGCUCCCACUUACUGCACAACAAGGAGCUCAUGGCCUCCCUGGCAGCAAGCAGCUUCGAUGCCGUGUUCACAGACCCUUUCCUUCCCUGUGGCCCCAUCGUGGCCCAGUACCUGGGUCUGCCUGCCGUGUUCUUCCUGAAUGGAUUGCCUUGCCAACUGGACUUUCAGGGUACCCAGUGCCCCAACCCACUGUCCUAUGUGCCCAGGCCUCUGUCCGGUAACUCGGAUCACAUGACCUUCCUGGAGCGGGUGAAGAACAUGCUUGUUGCCUUGUCAGAGGGCUUCCUCUGCAGUGUGGUUUACUCCCCGUAUGCGCCCCUUGCCUCGGAAGUCCUUCAGAGAGACGUGACUGUCCAGGACCUUAUGAGCUCUGCUUCUGUCUGGCUGAUCAGAAAUGACUUUGUGAAUAAUUACCCGAGGCCCAUCAUGCCCAAUACAGUGUUUAUUGGUGGGAUCAACUGCGCUAGCAGAACCCCACUAUCCCAGGAAUUUGAAGCCUAUGUAAAUGCGUCUGGAGAACAUGGAAUUGUGGUUUUCUCUUUGGGGUCAAUGGUCUCAGAGAUUCCGGAGCAGAAAGCUAUGGAAAUUGCUGAUGCUUUGGGCAAAAUACCUCAGACAGUCCUCUGGCGCUACACUGGGACUGCACCACCGAAUCUUGCCAAGAAUACAAAACUCGUCAAGUGGCUGCCCCAAAAUGAUCUGCUUGGUCACCCAAAGGCUCGUGCCUUUAUCACGCAUUCCGGCUCCCAUGGUAUUUAUGAAGGAAUAUGCAAUGGUGUUCCCAUGGUGAUGAUGCCCUUGUUUGGGGAUCAGAUGGAUAAUGCCAAGCGCAUGGAGACCCGGGGAGCUGGAGUGACCUUGAACGUCCUGGAGAUGACUUCUAAAGAUUUGGAAAAUGCCCUGAAUACUGUCAUCAAAGACAAAAGCUAUAAGGAAAACAUCAUGCGCCUCUCCAGCCUUCACAAGGACCGCCCCAUUGAGCCUCUAGACCUGGCUGUCUUCUGGGUGGAGUUCGUGAUGAGGCACAAGGGGGCGCCCCAUCUUCGCCCUGCGGCCCACGACCUCACCUGGUACCAGUACCACUCUUUGGAUGUGAUCGGCUUCCUCCUGGCGGUUGGACUGACGGUCGUCUUCAUCGCCUUUAAGUGUUGUGUCUUCGCGUACCGGAAAUGCUUUGGGAAAAAAGGGCGAGUGAAGAAAUCUCACAAAUCCAAGACACACUGAGAGGUUAUAGCCAUGCUAUGUUUACUAAACCUUGCCAUAAAGUGACACCCUCAGAAUGUUUUUAAAAAAUGAAAAUGAUCUAAUUGCUCGCCUAUAUAGAAAGAUAUUUAAAUAUCUUUUCUGCCCCCUCCAAUAUCUUUAAUCUGGACCACACUUGUCAUCUUUCAAAUGACUCGAUAGGAGAGCUGGAUAGGACCCUCUUUCAAUCUGCAAUACCUUUCCUACUUAGAAAUGGGAUCCAUAGCUGCCCCCACCUAGGAUGACAACUCUAACCUCACCUUCUGGCAUCUACAAAUGAUUAUGAUAGAUUCCUUCACCAACAAUGGUGGGUUAGAGGGAGUUCCCACUGUGGUUCAUCAGUAACGAACCCAACUAGUAUCCAUGAGGAUAUGGGUUUGAUCCCUGGCCUCGCUCAGUGGGUUAAGGAUCUGGUAUUGCCAUGACCUGUGGUGUAGGUCACAGAUGCAGUUCAGAUCCUGAAUUGCUGUGGCUGUGGUGUAGACUGGCAGUUGCAGCUCCAAUUCAACCCCUAGCCUGGGAACCUCCAUAUGCCAGGCGUGUGGCUGUAAAAAGGGAAAAAAGAAAAAACAAUUGUUGGUUCUAAAUUAUGAUCAUGCUUCACAGAUAGUACUUUGUGCUUUUAAAGAAGGAAAAGUUUAUUCUGUUUGUGUGCUAUUAUAUGAAUGAACAGUACAGAUUUUCCUGUAUAGUGUGUACUUUGUGCCUUCGAGGGGAAAGAAUGAUGUGUAAAAUCGGUGGGUGCUGUGUCUAAAUCGAUAAUCAUUGCUUGUACCCAAUGGGUCUGAAUUUGAAAAAAGCCCAAAGUAUACUGUCUGGCAAAUAUGUUUUCUAUGAUGUUUCCCAUAAUUAAAAACAUAUUAAUAAAUUCAUAUAAAUUAUA